CUUCGCAUCUGAAAAGACGUGCUCGGAAAAUAAUUUCUAACUUUUGAGAUUUGAAUCUUAUAUUAUUUUGGAAGUGAACAUACGAUUGGAAUCUUUUGGAUACAUUUACCGAACAAUAAUAUCUAAGCCAAUAAGUGAAAAGUGAUUUGAUCGUGGAGUUUUGACAGCCACAUAGACGUUUAGUGAUAGACACAAAUUUUGGAUAAAUCAAUCUUUUUUUGCGUAAAUAAAAGAUGACAGUUACUGCUUUUGCAGCAGCAGCAAUGCACAACACUUUUUUCAAUGGAUGUCCCUUGCAAGCAGAUAUGUCAAACGGCCAAGGACGAAGAAAUCAGCUCGGUGGAGUCUUCAUCAAUGGCCGUCCUCUUCCAUACCAUAUUCGCCGUCAGAUCAUCAAUUUGGCCAGUGAAGGUGUCCGCCCGUGCUCCAUAUCCCGUCAAUUGCGCGUUAGCCAUGGAUGUGUUUCAAAGAUCCUUAACAGAUACCAAGAGACCGGCUCUAUUCGGCCCGGUGUAAUUGGAGGAUCAAAGCCAAAAGUGACAUCUCCCCAGAUUGAAAGCCGUAUUCAGGAGUAUCAGCGUGAAAACCCACGAAUUUACUCAAUGGAAGUUCGUGAAAAGCUCAUCAAAGACGGAAUUUGUGACAAAUUAACGGUUCCCACUAUUUCGGCAAUCUCAAGACUCCUCCGAUCUCGCGAUGGUUCCUCCGAUGACGGUUCCAAUAAGUCAAAUCAUGGGGGAUAUCUUGAAGAAUCCGUAAAAUCGAAUGACGAUGCUAAUCUAUCAGAUUGUGAUAGUGAACCUGGGAUUCAAUUGAAGCGAAAACAGCGUCGGUCACGGACAACUUUCUCCGCAAGUCAAUUAGAUGAGCUGGAAAGGACAUUCGAGACAACACAAUAUCCCGACAUCUACACCCGUGAAGAACUUGCUUUGCGCACCAAACUCACUGAGGCUCGUAUUCAAGUCUGGUUUAGUAACCGUCGGGCACGUCUAAGGAAGCAGCAAACUUCCCAACCUGCAACAAUGGCUUCCUACGGCUCCACCAUGCAGUCAGCUUCUAACAACUUUUACUCCACAAUGAUGCCGCAUGGAGAUGCUAUUAUUCCAGAUCCAAGUGCCUACUCCCAAAGCCACAUGUACGAUUUCUACAAUAACCAUGCCGCCGCUGUCGCCACCGCUGGAUCACCUAACACAGCCGCCUCGGUCACACCACCCCAUCAAGUGUACAAUUCAUCAGCCUCAUAUCCGACUCAUCAUCAAGAACAAUACGUUCAUCAUCCGACAGUUUUGUCGAACUUAAAUUCAGCCUACACUAAAUUGGAAACCAACCCAACCGCACCACGCAAUGAUAGCCCCGUGGAAUCCAACCAUGGCUACUCUUGCGGACUUCAGCUUCCUCCCACACCAAACAGUUUAUCCACGGCUAUUUGCUCAAAUUCCGUAAACAGCAACAGCAAUGAGGAUAUCCACUCGGCUACAAAGCUCGAGGAGACUGCAGCAGCGGCCGGGGUUCAACAACAGUUCAGCACAUUUUCGCCAUGGAAUCCAAUUUCUGCCACAUCUAACCCAUCAUCACGUCCAACUGCAGCACAAGAAAUUACCCACGCAACUUCCAACCCUGUCAAUGGAUUCGCCCCCAAUAAUUCCAACUCUUCCUACGGAGUCCACCAUCCUCCCCAUCACUAUCACCACCAUCAUCCCCAUCAUCCUCAUCAUCCGCACAUGCCAAUGCACCCCAAUCCUCCAGCUUUUAUGCAUUCCAAUUUUUCAACAGCUUUCCCGUCGCCACCAAAGAACUUUGGAAUGCCGCAGGCCUUCUAUCCAUUUUAUUCAUCGUAAACAAAUUAUAAUUUUUAUUUUAAAUUUUUAUUUAAAAUGUAAACAUUUUAAUUUCUUUCGUUCGUAUGUAAAUAUAUUGGAUUGUAAAUUGUAAAUUUAAAUAUUUUAUAUUUUCUUUAAGUUAAGUGUUAAGUUUUAAGAAUUUUUUUACUUAAUUUUUGUCAUAUUUUUUAAUAAAACAAUUUAAGGAAUAAAUCAU